UUCGCCGCGACAAGCCCCGGACUUUCUUGCGCCUGCCGAACCCGCCGUCUCGAACACUCCGGAGCCCGCCCGAUCCCGUGUCAUUCAAUUGGCCCGGACGAUAACACAUAGAGGUUCACUUACCACCAGUCGAUGAGGGACUCGUUCCCACUGGUUUUCAUACCUGCCUUCUCCACCUUAAACCUCUUGUGAACACCAUAUACGACCUACAUCACCACCGCGCAACACCGUCAACAUGUCGCAAACAGUCGGAGCUACCCGACUAGCCUACUCCCGUGUCUGGCACCACAUCUCCGCCGUUACCCCUCACCCCACCCUCUCGACCAUCAAGGCUCCUCCCGAGGCCAUCACUCCCCCUUCUCUCGGCCGCCUCGCCUCGCGCAUCGCCACCAUCCUGAUGGGCAAGCACAAGCCGAUCUGGGAUCCCUCCACCGACUGCGGCGACUACGUGGUGGUGACCAACUGCGCGGGUUUGUACACGACGGGCCACAAGAAGUGGCGCAAGACGUACUACCGCCACAACACCCGGCCCGGUUCGCUACAGGCCAUCACCAUGGAUGCGCUGAUGGAGAAGCACGGCGGCGCCGAGGUGCUGCGCAAGGCCGUCAGCGGCAUGCUUCCCAAGAACAGGCUGCGCGACAAGAGACUGGCGAGACUCAAGGCGUUUGAGGGUGAUGCGCACCCGUACAAGGAGAACUUGGUGCGGUUUGGCGGUAAGGUGGUGGGCGCUCCAGGUUGGGAGGAGGCUGUCAAGGCUAUCCGGGAGGCGGACAUGGAGAGGUUAUGAGCGACCCAUGAGAGGAGGGGGCUUUGAGGUGUGAAGGUCUAUUCAAAGGCACUGGAGCUGGCUAUCUACUCAUGGGGGAGUGUCAGAGAAACGGGAGAGAAAGAGAUGUAGGGACGAAUCUACAUCGAGCCGUUACGAACCAUCUAGCCGACGAGGACUGAGGACUCUGUCAACUGUGAGGAAGAUUGUGUGGACAACUACCUCGUUGGGGCGAGAAAUCUCUCUCGUGUGUUAUUGUUUAGGUUACAGCCCACUCGGCCGUGUAAUUCACGGGCAAUGCCGCCAGUGUCAGUCUGUAUAUUACAUGGGAAGCCGGUUCGUGAGCCCAGCGCGCAACGGACAGUGUACGAACUUGGGUUAGAAAAAGGGGGCCUCUCAUUGUACAAAUAUAUCACUCAACAAGAUACCAUGAUUACGACUCAUGAGAGCCGUUUGGACCCCUUGAUCGUUUAAUGAUCUGAAGGGCGACGAACAGAUCCUCAUGUC